CCAAAAGAUUCUCCCUCUCUUUAAUUGAAAUCUCUCUCAUUUCCCCCCAAAUCACUCUCUCUCUCAUUUUCUCCCAAAUCUAUUGGCCUUUCUCUCAUUUUCUCCCAAAUUGACUGCGGUUGGCAGGCCACUGCACAUAUUGGAUUCCGAGAUUGGUGUUGUAAUUGAGCUGGACUCCGAGGCUGGUGUUGCAAUUGAUAGAUUAAUGAACCAUUGUGAGAGGGUAUGAUUGUCGCAAAUGAAGAAACUGAAGAGACAACAAUCGCUGGUGACAUGAGCUGAAUGUCGAAUAGCCUUAUUAUUCAAGAGCUUUGAGAAUGCAACGCGAAAUGGUUCAUGCUUUACGAGAUCCUCUUGUUCCAGGAGGUCUAUCUGUUUCAUGAUAUAGAUUGUUAGAUGUAGAUAAAUUAGUUUGUAUGAAACAUUUGGACCCCAUCAGUGUCAAAAUUGCUGAACUAAGAGAGGCAUUGGAGUCAAUUACAGCAGAGCAGAAUUUCUUGAAAGCUCAUGAUUCUCAUCAUUGUCAUAUUCAUUUUACCUCCAUAGGCUCCAAAUCUAUGAAAUCUGGCAAUUCAAACUGUGAUGCUGACAAAUCCUCCAAGAGGAAUAGGAAGAAUCCGUACAGAGGGAUCAGACAGCGUCCUUGGGGCAAGUGGGCCACUGAAAUAUGUGAUCCAAGGAAAGGGAUUCGAGUUUGGCUUGGAACUUUUAAUUCUGCGAAAGAAGCAGCUAGAGCUGAUGAUGUUGAGUCCGAAGAAUCAGAGGCAAGAAUGCUAAGAUAUGCCAAGGUACAAGCGCAUGCAGAAAAUUGAUUUCAAUUCAAGGAGACUACGUGAUGAUUGUGAUCCUAAUGACAAUCCUUGAUUUCAUUGCAAAUUACUUGACUUGGAUAUUCAAUUAUGUCUUGGAUGUAUUUGUGUAUUUGGUUGGAGUGAAUCUUAAAACACUGAAGCUUUUGUGUUUAAAUUUGAUUUUGAAGAUACUACUUAAUGUUGAAAAAUUGGAGUUUGAAGAUGUUAA